CUUUCUGCAAGAUAGAGCUUUGCCGUUGCUGAGACUCCUGCUGUUGAUCUCCAUCCGAUCUCUCUGAGGGGCAUCAUGUGGGACCUUCUGAAUAAAUACCUGACAGUGAACACCACCACCACCACCCCCCCGCCCCCCCUGCCAUCCACCCUUGACGCCCCCAUUGAAACCCUGGCCAACGCUACGGUCGUGCACCACUUUAGCGUGUUCGAUGGCUGCGACGACAUGGUGGAAGGCAUUCUCUUUGACCUAACUGUGCAGACUUUCAACGUGGUGGUGGGCAUUCCUGCCAACAUCAUGGUGAUGGUGAUCCUCAUCCGUAACCGCCACCAGCCCUCCACGUCCGACAUCUUCCUAGGGUGCCUUGCCUUCAUGGACUUCUACUUUGGUUGCAUGGUCCCCCUCAUCUACCUCAAUCUCUACUACUGGGAAAGCAUGAAGAUGUGGUCGGCCUUUAAGUUCUCCUACGGUGUCAAAGACACCAGUGGCCCCCUCUUCCUCUCCUGCAUUUGCCUGGAUCGCUUUGUGGCAGUUCUCUGCCCCAUAGCCUUCAGCCAACUCAAGGACAACAAGUACCGGAUAGGUCUCUCUGUUUUCGUGCUGUGUCUCACCUUUGCCUAUGCCUCGGCCAAGACCGUUGGGGGCCUCCGUGACUUUGAAAAGGUCUUCACUGGUGAGAUCCUGGCAAGCUUCACCUGGAUGGUUUUUUGCAACAUUGCCAUCCUGUUGGCCUUGAAAAGGUCACGUGGGGCAGGCAAGGAUGAAAUGCACCCCAUGAAGAAGAAAGCGUUUAACAUGGUGCUUUCCAUCUUGGCUAUCGUUGUGUUUAACUACCUGCCACCUGUAGCCCUGUUCCCCUUCCAGGACUACUACCCACCACGUGCCUUCCGCUGCUAUGUGCAGCCUGUGGGCUUUGCCUUUGUCAACAUCAGUAGCAGCAUCCAGCCAUUAAUCUACCUCUCCCGCCUAGAGAGGGUUUCCUUCCUUCCUGACUGCUGCCUGAAGAGAUGGAACACUUCUAAGGAGAAGCCCGAUUCACCUCCUGUUAAUGCUGCUUAGAAGUCAAAGAUUAACCAUGUCUUUGUCCAAAGGUUGCUUUGCUAAACAUCUAGUAUGUUUUUCUUAGGUGAUUUAAAGUAUGGACAAGUAGUCACAGGAAAAGUAGUUUGAAGCAGAGUUCUAUUAAACAGUGACGUAUUCACGUAGCCACGUCAGCUUGUACAUUUUCUUACGAAGAAAUAUAUAAACAGCAAAUUAGAUAUUAUGGG